AAACGGCUGUGCCUUCCAAAGCGAAUGUGUCAACGCAUCCCUCCCUCGUGUUGCGCUCGUGGCCAUAAUCCGCUGGAGUAGACCGCAACGCUAACCUCUGUCGGCAUUGUUGAAGUCAGCGAUGCGGGUACCGGCAUAAGUUCCUCUCUAGAGUUCCGCGAAUCGACUCAUCGACUCAUCGCACCGCCCCUCGCCUCGUUUGCGGCACUGUAUAAGGGUCGGCUACACAUCCGCCCAAUGUAGACAACUCAUCUGUCCCUCGGGAUGUGGGCCUCGCAAAGUAAUAACCAGCUGCCAAUUGGUUAUGACCCACAUGCCGAUUUCCCUUGGGACCUUCGUGGCUUCGAGGAGGUCCCUGCAUACCAGAACGCUCAGCAGCCGUUUCUGCUGUACCACCCUCACGAGCAGUCAACAAGCCAACUGUUCACCUACGAUGAGAGCUGGGCUCCAGCGCCGUGCCCGGAGUUCGCGCAGGCUUAUCCUCUGCCAAUCGUGCGUGCGCCAAGCAGUUCACCCAACUACAGCCUGCUGUCUCUGUCACCAGCUACUCCAUCUCCAUCCACGGCGUUCACCGGGAGUCUUCCGACAUCGCCGGAUCCUUUGCUACGACCCUUGCCCCCAUCCGAAGCUCAACCUCGUCUGCGCAUCCCGCAGACGCCACUACCCCUGCAUGCUCGGCGAUCUGACACGAUCCGGUUCGAGGUCCGCGGUUCCCUUGGUAUUCGCGUGUGCGAUGGACUGAGCGAGCAUGCUCAGCCCGUACUCGACUCCAGCGGGGAUCACGUUCUUGAACGCACAGGUGUCCGCCAAAUCCAUCUAAUGAUAGAUUGGCCAGGAUAUCGACGUCGCGGCUCUUAUGUUCCCGCACGAGAAAAUGGGAUCCCCAUUACUCGAGGCCGUCUGGCGUGCCUUGUGUGCCAGCAUAUCAAGACCUACGUGCGUAUAUACAAGCGAGCACAGUCCAAGGGGCAUCGGAACCAGCAGUGGGCCUUCGGCAGCGACAAAAUACGAUUGGAAGAUCUGUGGCUUACUUCAAUCGUCCACGACGGCAAUGUAUGGCGUCCAGAGAUCGAAGCGCAUGUACGAUCGCUGUCAUGAUUAAGAUGACGAGUUCACUUAUAGGUAUUGUAUGCUGUAUGCAUCUUUCAUGUACUAUCAAAACCCGCUAUUUGGGUCCAGUCAUUAAUAGCUCUCGAGUCGUUCUGUUAUUCUCGAAUACGUACCAAGAUCAUAUACCAUCACAACCUUUCGCGACACAUAGCCAGCUUUAGUGCUGAUCAUGGCAAUGCAUAUGCCCUUUGCAUCGUUAGCUCUGGCGGAGGUCGGAGCUGUCGCCUGAUCAUUGAAAGUUUGU